AUGAAAAUAAUUCCACAUGAUGCACGAAUUUGCUUUCAUUGUCGAGAUGUAUAUCGUGAAUGGAAAAGUAAAAAUGAAGAAUUUCGUCUAAUAAUCGAACAUCUCGAAGGAGAUUCAAGUUCACAUGAGCGCACGUUGUCAAAUAAUAGUGAAAGUAUGGAUUCAAUCAUUGAUAUUGAUAGUAAUGGUUCUUCAACAUCGGGUCAUGAUAUAAACAAAACUUCUACCGAAGAACCAAUCAUACAAAUACGUUUCGAUGGUACUUCUCCUUCUCAUCAUGAAUGUUGUUUCUGUCCAUCGCUUGAUCUUGGUUCAACAAUAGUAAUUUCUGAUGAAGAUAGAGAUUUAGUUUUUAUUCGAGAACAUGUCUUUAUACCAAAAGGAGCACGAUGCUGUGUGAAACAUCUCGAAAAUGGACGUCUUACUUAUGAAAGUUUCAAAAAUUUAAUUGUAUAUAGCAAUGAACUCAUCUCGUUAACAUCUAAUGAUGUUAAAUCAUGGUUUUUAAAAUAUCGAUCUGCAUUAGAAUUAAAAAGACGAAUUGAUUUUGAUCAACCAUCUUCACUAACCGACAUAGAUUAUUAUAACUUGACAGGUUUAACAAAACAGCAAUUUAAUCAAUUAGUUUCAUUUAUUUCUAACUCAAGUGUAAUUCAUGAAUCUAAAAAACGUUCGAUUAGAACUGCUAUUGCCUUAUUGCUAUGUAAAUUACGUCUCGGUUUGUCAAAUCAUGUUUUAUCAUCACUUUUUCAAAUCAAUGAUAAGAAAACUGUUUCUCUUGCCAUAGCCAGCGCCACAGAAGCAUUAAUGACAAACUUUGUUCCAAACAAUGUUGGAUUUCAUCAUAUUGACCGAGACAAUAUCAUUAAAAAUCAUACAACAACAAUUGCAAGAGAACUGAUAGGCGGUGGCAAAGAUGUAGCAAUUUUGGUAGCAGACGGUACCUAUUUAUAUGUGCAAGUGAGCUUUAGUAAUGCAUAUUCUCCUAAAGCAUUUCUUGCUAUAUAACCACUAGUCAAAUCAAAACCAGAAGAUAGUGAAUUAGCAUCUUCUAUGUUAGCUUUAGUUAAUAAACGAAAUGAAGUACAAGAUAUGAUUAUAGAAAAAAAUUUAUUAUCCAAGACUUUUUGGAAAAAAAUUGAUUCUUCCAGUUAUCUCGAUUUUCCAAUAUUAUCUGAAGAACAGUUAGGUAGUAUAACGUUUGGUAAGCAUUAUAUAAGAUUUCAGAGUGAUGAACGACCAAAGCCAUCUGGAAGCUAUAUUUCAGUAGUAAAUGAUAACACAGUUGUUUCGGAUUUUUACGAUUCCAGUGAUACCGAUGGUGGUUACGACGAUAAAAAUGAUCAACAUUAA